GUUGAGUCGGCCGGCCCAUUUCUCGUUAAACUUUCGGCAGUUAAGCAUCAUUAGGAAUUUUAUAAGUUUGUGGUUAAUUUAUUGAAAGUUAAGAUGGCGGAUGGUUACGGUGGAGGAGGCGGUGGAUAUGGAGAUUAUUCUCAACCACCUCCAAGUACCUAUUCAGGCUAUGGCGCAUCUGCUGGAGGUUAUCAAGCCGCCGCACCUGCAUCUGGAGGCGGCGGUGGUGGUGGCGGCUCUUGGGGGCAAAGUAGAGGAGGCCAAGGAGGCGGAUACGGAGGAGGCCAAGGUGGUGGCGGAGGUGGUUACCAACAAGGUGGCUAUGGCGGCUCCAGUGGAGGCGGUGGUGGAUAUGGUAAUGGUAGCAGUUAUGGAGGAGGAGGUGGUAGUGGCGGAGGAUAUGGUGGCGGCGGCGGAGGUUAUGGAGGUGGUAGAGACCAACGAGGUGGAAGAGAUGUAGAAAGACGAGACAGUUAUGGAGGCGGCAACAGGGGUGGUGGUUAUAAUAAAGAUAAUUUAGUAAUUCAGAUGGACACAGUCUUCGUAUCUGGAAUGAACCCAGAUUUAACUGAGGAUGAUAUUGAACAACAUUUUGGAUCUAUUGGUAUUAUUAAGUUGGACAAGAAAACCCAGAAACGCAAAAUCUGGCUGUACAAAGAUAAAGUGACGGGCGUGAGCAAAGGAGAAGCCACUGUAACCUAUGAUGACCCCAACGCAGCACAAUCUGCAAUCAACUGGUUCGACGGCAAAGAUUUCCAAGGAUGUAUGAUAAAAGUGCAAUUGGCCACCAAGAAAGAUACUUGGAGCGGAGGCGGCGGUGGUGGCGGCGGUGGACGCGGUGGUGGCCGUGGAGGCGGCGGCGGCUUUGGAGGACCUCGAGGCGGUGGUCGUGAUGGUGGAGGUGGCGGUGGCUUCGGUGGACCACGAGGCGGCGGCGGACGUGAUGGUGGAGGCCGUGGUGGAGGCGGUGGUGGCGGUCGCGACCGAGAAGGUCGUGAAGGAGAUUGGAAGUGUCCCAAUCCAGACUGCAACAACACAAACUUCUCGUGGCGAAGCCAAUGUAACAGGUGUAGUGAACCCAAACCAGAAGGUGCCGGAGGCGGUGGCGAUGAUGACAGAAGAGGCGGCGGCGGCGGCGGACGAGAUCGCGAUGGUGGUGAUAGAGAUCGACGAGGUGGUGGUGGAGGCGGUUUCCGCGACAGAGGUAGUCGAGGAGGCGGAUUUGGAGGAGGUCGCGGUGGCGGCGGAAGAGGAGGAUUUGGCGGUGGACGAGGUGGUGGCGGAAGAGGUGGCGGUGGCCGUGAUGGCGGCGAUCGAGGAGGAGAUAGGAGACCACGACCAUAUUAAAAGAUUUAUGUCCUUCCUUUUCUAUGUUGUAACAUUGCCG